UCUGAUUAUUCUUCAUUUUUUUCCGAAAUGUUUUAACAAACGCAACCAUCAUUAAGUGUUGGUUAAUCAAAGUGAAAAGAAGUGAUCAUCAGGCUGAUCGGUUUCGAAUAAAUUGUUAAUAGGAGGUUUUGGGUGAACGGGAACGGUUGUUACACAUUUAUUUAAAAAAUUGAUGUUUCGGUUGUAUAUAAUUGUGAAGAGAAAUGAAAUUUAAGUUGUGAUCAGUAGAAGAAAGCUUAUACGAAAUAAGUUCAAAUAAAAAAUUAAAAUUAAUUAAAAAUUGUUAUCACAUAAUGUGAUGGAAUCGACAGUUUGACUGGUGCCGAAAAUAAUACUAAAAAUUAUAAUUUUGAAAUAAAAGUUUUCCAGUUUGUGUGUUUAUUGGAAUAUAUUGGAAUUCAAAGCUACUUAUAAAUGAAAGAAAUGAUUUUUUGUGCAAAUUUUAAAUAUUUCUUGUGUCCAAGUUUUGAAGACUUCGUGUGUCACUUGCAGCAAUAAUAUCGAGUAUACUCAUUUGGAAUAAUUAUUUCUUCGAAACUAAGAAUGAAACCAUCCGCCCUGGCAGUACUGUUGGUAAUUUUUCUCCACCGAACCAAUGCUUACGGUUUCGAUGGGAGCGCAUCGUGUAAUCCAAAAGCGUCACGGCGAGGUAGAGCACAGUUUUUGGAAAAUAUUCCUUGUGAUUUAACGGUUCAAACGUAUUGCAAUCAGCCAGGAUCGUUGUAUCCAUGGAAUGCUGUACGCCGCUUUGUGCACGAGAAUCAAGGGUUAAUGCGUCGCAUGUACGGUGACGUGAAACAUAUAUCCGUUCUGCGCACCGAAGUGAAUAACAACGAUAUCGAGUUCGAUGAUGUCGAACAGGCAACGGCCAGAUAUUCACGGUCCGGUUGGAAGCGAAACAAGUAUUUGUAUUCAGAUGUACAAAAAACCAAAGUGAAUAGCGUUGUGUCGGAGCCACACUUUCGACCAACGUCUACUUCACCGAAAUCAACAACAACAUCAUCUUCAACGGCAGCCCCUUCUACAACCGAAAUUUCAUUUAUUACGGACAAUGAAGUGGAUGCUCCAGACAACAAUACCACACUAAAUACACCUAAUGCAAGCUCAAUAAAAACAAUUCUGGUUGGGAAUGAUACUAACGCAGUGAAGGACUAUAAAAUCCAUCAACCGAACGAUAUCAAAAGUUCUGAUAAUAAAUCGGAAGCAGCGACAAUAUCCACCACUUUGCGAAUAUUUUUACCAGCAAAAGUGUCGCAAUUGUCUAUAACACCUCCGGACUAUGACGAAGCGGACUCGACAACAGAAUAUGGGCAAGAAGAUGUAACCAAUAACCACCAACAAUCAGGUCGGCCAAACGAUCAAACAAGUGAUAAUAACAAAGGAGAAACGAUCAGUGAUGCUACGCCAAAACAGGCUAACGUAAGACCGAGUGAAAGUAUGGAGGGUCAACUGUUUCAGGAUGUCGCACCGAAAGACGAACCAAUCUACAAUUCACGUGGAGUAAAUGCAUGUCCCGUAAAAGAGGAGGUAGUAGCUCCAUUUUGGGCUAACAAUACUCGCGGCGAGGUGCUGGCGUUGUUGAAUUUAUAUCCCUUCGAGCAGUACGUUCACUGGGAAAAGUGUACCAAUGAAAAUAAACAAAUGUACUGCCGGGAUGGAUGCAGAUGCGAGCAACAGUACCGACUCCACAGACUGUUAGCAUACGAUCCGCACAAUGAAUGCCGUGGAAUAUUUUCCGAUUGGUUCCGAUUUCCGUCGUGUUGCAUUUGUAAGUGUUACGAUAUUCCAUUGGAGUAUCGUGUUACAUCGCGCAGUCCACGAAAUCUGGAUAAAAUGCCAAUCGAUGUGGCACAAGACGAAGUGCAGAAAGCAAUCUACGGACAUGCAACGGAAAAUUGGUAUCGACCGAGUGAAGAAUUUGAUGCCGAAUAUUUUUGAUUUGAUUGAUUUGGACGUUUGCCUUGUUGAGUGCAAGACCAUAAUGAUAAAUCCUAGUCGAAAAGAAUAUUAAAAAAGAAUUUCUUUUUCUUGUAGAUAAAUUUUGUAAAAAGUUGUUAAAUAAUUUUGUUUUUAAAUGUUGAUUUAAGUCGAGAACUUUUGUAUUUAUUUAAAUUAUUUUUAAAUUAAAAUUAAGAAUUGAGAAAUUAAAAAUGUUCAUUUGAAAAC